GGGGCCGGUGCGGGCGGUGGACAGGCAGCUCCAGCCAAGGAAAGACUUGAUUAAAGGUCAUGGCGAAACACCUGAAGUUCAUCGCCAGGACUGUAAUGGAGCAGGAAGGAAACGUGGAGGGUGCCUACAGGAUCCUGAACAGAAUCCUCACUGUGGAUGGACUCACUGAGGACAUUAAGCAUCGGAGGUACUAUGAGAAACCGUGCCACAGGCAACAAUGGGAAAGCUACGUAACUUGCAGGCAGAUCUACAACAUGGAAAUGACUGGAAAGAUCAACUUCUUAAUGUGAAAGAAUCGAGCGGAUCCAUGGAUGGGUUGAUGAGGCCUGGGAUGGAAGACCCAGGAUAAAAACUUUCAUGCAUUUCCGCUUC